AUGUAUAAGAUAGAGGAGGAUGGAAAGGAGGAUAAGAUAAUGUGUGAAAGUGUGAGCGGGGAGAAUGAAAAAGAGUUAUGCAAAAUUCUAGCAAGAAUAUUUCUGUGGAUGGAUGGAUUAAAGCAAGAAUGGGACGGGAACAACACAGGGCAGGGAUACUUCUAUUGGAAAAAAAGGGAUGAUAAUGAAAUUACACUACAUGAGAAGGAACUGAACUCUUAUUUAAGAUGUUUAAUCGGUAAAGUUACUAUUCUAAAAAUGUUAGGUAAGCAUUGUAAGUUAAGGGAAGUAGCACAAACCCUUGCAGGUAGUAGGGAAACUAUGAGGAUAACUAUGGUCAUUGAGGAUGGGAAGGGGAAUCAAUUAUGUAAAGAUGUGGAUUUCGGAAGUUUAAAAUUGGGGAACAGGCUCAUGUGGGAUCGAAUUGAGAAGUGGUUAGAUGCUUUUACUAUUACAGACAGCAAUAAUGUUGGGUUAUCGAAAGUACAACCAGGAAACAGCAAACUGCACAAAAUAAGGGACAAAGGACAAAAGAAGGAAAUUUGCCCAAACGAAGGAGAAUUGGACGAAACAACCUUACAGAAUUUAGAAAUAAAAGUCAUCAACGAUAGUAAAAACCUGUCUCUAGAGGACAAGGACACUGCAACAUUAGGGAUGGAAGAUUUGAGGAACGUAUUGGUCAAAGUAAAGGAAGCAGCGGGGGGAGCAGAGAAGGAGGGGGAAACACGAAUGCUGGAAGAAAUACGAAAGAAAUUAGACGUAUUAUUAGAAGAAUCUAGGAAAAGGGCACAACUAGCAGAAGAGGCUAAGACGAAGGAGCAGCAGAAGGAGUCAACACAAAGACUACUACUACCAGAAGCAGCACAACCACCAACACCUAAACAGAAAGAUGAAAACUGUAAAGACAAAGGUGACUUAUGUGAGAAGGCAAAAUGCGUAGUACAGAAAUGGAAGACGAACACACCAGGGAAAAAUGGGGAUGAAUUAUGGGAUGACAUCACCCAUAGUGCCACAAAUAUGUUUGAUAAAAUAUCUCAGGAUAGCAGCAAACCUAUUCCAGAUUAUUGUAUCGAUAAAGAUCCAACUAGUAGAAUAGUCACUGACCCAGAGAGAAGAGCAUGCCAAUAUAUUACUUCGGGGCUACAGUACAUAUACAACAUUGGAAUAGAUAAGAAAGAUAUAGAGGGUAAUAAAAAGGACGGUGAAGCUGAAAAACAAAGGAAGGCCUCAGACAACAGGGAUUUUAAGCAAACUAUGAUGUGCCUCCUCCUAAACGCAUAUGCGGAUAAGUUGAAAGAGAAGGUUACAUCUCCUUGUACGGUCGGUGAGGAAACAAUAAAUCAAGCAUUUAAAAUAGGAAAUGGGCAAUUUAUAAAUUUGUGUAAAGGUAAGGAUAAGAGUGGUACGGGUGAUUGUGUUCAAUGUACUAGGUAUGAGAAUUAUGGAAGAUGCAAAAUAGACCAUGACAAAAACAAAGAAGAAAUAGGGCAAAAGUUGGAUGACUUGCUCGAGAAGAAUAAAAGCAAAAAAGAAAAAUUAGAUCAAGGUAUAAGUUCCAUAAAUGAUUUAUGCAGUCGCGCCCAAUGUGCACUAACACAAAGGACCAGAGACAAAAGGGAAGCGCAGGGAGAAGCGAAGGGCAAAACGAUUUGGGAGGGUGAAGCCUGGGCUGAUGCUAAGGGUGACGUACUGAAAGAUCUGUCAAAGGCGAUGACCAAUGGGGAUGGCAAAGACGAAGAAGAAUGUAAGAGCAUUGAAGAAAAAGAUGCUACAACGAACGGUCCAAAUAAAAGGGCAUGUAAUUAUAUUGUGAAGGGUUUACGCUAUAUAUACAGCCUCCAGGAGGAUAGUACUAUUAAUAAUCCCGAUCAUAAAAAAAAUUACAGAAUAUUUAAACAAACUAUGGCCUGUCUAAUUUUAAAUGAAUACGGAAAACUUCUUAAGGAAAAAUCUUGUAUCGACGAAAAAACUAUAGAGCAGGCCUUUAGUGCUGCAAGAAGUUUUCACGGAACUGAAUGCAACGGGGGGGGUUCUUGUCAGAAAUGUGAGUGGGAUGAAUGUUCAAAUUUUAUAAUUGGACAGAAGGACACCAAACGAGAAGACAUAAAAAAGGAACUCGAAAAGAAUGAACAAAUACAACAAACUUUCACUACCAUACAUAAUGCAAGUUCUUUAUGUGAACGUGUAAAAUGUGUAACAACGAAUUGGUUUAAAGACCGGAAAAGUUCAGAGACGAGCAAACAAAACUGGUGUACAUUUUGGAAUACGGAUGUCAAAGGAAAAUUAAUAGGUCUGUCUGGAGAAAUAGCAAAGGAUGACGCCGAGGUCGCUGCUUUAUGCGAGAAAUUUGAUCAGAAGAGCACUACACUGAGUGCAACACAGAAAGCAGCAUGUAAUUAUAUUGUGAAAGGGUUAAAAAAAAUAUAUGGUGUCAAAAGUGGAGGUACUAGUACGAUGAAAAGGAAUAAUAGAAUAUUUGAUCAAACAAUGUACUGCCUAUUCCUAAACGCCUAUGCAAAUCUCCUCAUAGAGAAAACGAAGGGACAAAUCUGUCCUAUCACAGAAGAAGAAAUAAAAGAAAUGUUUAAUAAAGGAAAUAAUAAGAAGGAUGCUUGGUGUGAGGAAAAGAAUAAUGGUAAUGGUGGUGAUUGUGUUGAAUGUAAAAGGGAUAAAACCUAUGAAAGCUGCAUGUUAAACGUGGAUGGGGACCUAUGGAAUGGGGGCAGUGGGUGCCAAGAUAACAAAGAUGAUGUGAAAAAAAAAGUGGAAGAACUGCUCGACCCAACUAAGAACAAUGACAAGGACGUAAAGGAAGCUGUGAAUGCUAUAAAUACUAUAAAUAAUAAUAUCUCCUUAUGUGCACGCGCAAACUGUGUAACAACGAAUUGGUUUAAGGACAGAGACGGGGGAGGUGGCAAACAAACCUGGUGUACAUAUUGGGAUACGGACUUCAAGAAUCGACUGAAGGAACUGUCUGGAGCAAUGACCACUAAUAAUAAAUCUAUGGAUUCUUUGUGUAAUGGCAUUAAUGGGGGUAGUACUACAAAUCCGCAAGCAGUAGAAAAGGCAUGUAAAUACAUUACAGCAGGGUUACAACAUAUAUAUCAAAUUCAAAAGAAAGUAGAAACAGUAACAGAAGAAGACCAAGUGAAGAAGGAAAAGGCAGAAGAGAAGGCUGUUCAUAAUGUGCAGUUUGAGCAAGUUAUGAAGUGCAUUCUACUGAAUACAUACGCAAAUAAAAUAAAAGAUAAAUGUUCUGACGUGAAAGAAGAAAAAAUAAGUGAAAUGUUUGAAAAAGGAAAUGAAAAGAAGAGUGAAUGGUGUAAGGAGAAGGGUCCGAAUGGUACGGGUGAUUGUAUAAAGUGUGAAAGGGAGGAAAAAUAUGAAGAUUGCAAACUAAGCGUGGAGGAUAACCUCUUCGAUAAAAAAGAAACUGGAAAUUGCGAAAUAGGCAAAGACAGUAACGGAACCCAGAUAGGAACCAAGGUGGAGAAAGUGUUUGACAAGGGGAAGGUUGACAUAAAAGAGAGGCCGGAAAUAAAGCGAGCUAUGGAUGCAAUAAAUGACAUAUGUACAACAGCCAAACCAGACCAAUCAUUAUCACCAGAACACAAUGAUGCCAAACCAACCUCGACAGAACCGACACCGGCUAAACCAAAUUUACCAGUGCUCCCCGCUAGUAACAGUAUAUCUACCUCUAGCCGAGGGCGCAGUGCGGACCCUGUUGAUGACGACAAGGGUGGUUCAGGGAGUGUUAUCAUUCACAUUAGUACACAAGCUCAACCAGAACCUGAACCUAUAACAGUGCCUUCCGCCGUUCCUCCAACGCAGAAUAGAGGAACUGGUGGUGGUGGUCCCGGCAGUACUGGAACCUGGAAUCCAGGUUCUUCUGGUUCCGGUUCUACUGGAACUUGGAAUCCAGGUUCUUCCGGUACCGGUUCCACAGGAACAUGGAACCCAGGUUCUUCUGGUUCCGGUUCUACUGGAACUUGGAAUCCAGGUUCUUCCGGUACCGGUUCUACGGGAGCCUGGAAUCCACGAGCAUCAUCAGCACCAACAACAUCACAAGCAUCAUAUUCACCAGGAUUGGGCAAGGGUCGUAUUGGAGGGGGCGGCCUUGCCGGAGGCAAGGGCGCCUCUUUUAAUAUUUCCCCUUCCGAUUUUACUCCAUACCUUCCUUUGGCUCCUGUCUUCAUUGGUACUUCUGUUAUGAGCUAUCUCCUUUGGAAGUAUUUCGGCCUCCGUAAAAAAAGAAAACGUCACAGAAGAGCACAUCAAGUAUCUGGUCGACCUUCCUUACAAGAACAACUCUUUGAUCAUGUGGACGACGAGGCAGAUGGUCCACAUGAAUAUACCUUAGUAAAGGAACCAAAACAACCAAAAUCUGUUCCAGCGAGAAAGGGAAGGCCAAAAAGGCAUACUGAUCGUCCUGUUGUUCGACGCACCAUUAUUGAUAUUCAUUUAGAAGUCUUAGACGAAUGUCAAAAGGGGCACCUGCAUUCGACGAAGGAAGACUUCCUUAAAAUAAUUGUAGAAGAAUUUAUGGGAUCAGAAUUCAUAAAAAAAGACUUUGUUCCUAAGGAAAGUGUUCCAAGUUCAGGUUUAAGAGUAUGUGAAAGGGAAGAGAACAUCGUGGAUAAGGAGUUUUAUUUAGAUCAUUUAUUACAAAAUGUUUGA